AUGCAAUGGCUGUGCCGCGCACACACAAUCAACCUACUGCUUCAGGACGUGUCCAAAUUGGAGGAUGUGCAACAGACUGUGACAGGGGCCGAGACGAUUACAGCGUACUUCAUGAAGAGGCCGCAGCUACUUGCACGAUUUAAGGAGGAGAAGCUAUCACUCGCUCUUGAUGACAGCACCAAUGCGUCCGGCCGCUCGUUUUCGGUGUCUGUUCCUACGCGCUGGUAUUCGUCGUAUCAAAGUCUCGUGAACGUGAUCCGGAAUAAGGAGGCAGUCAUUUGUGUUUUUAAUGAUGACGAAUUCAUGGAAGCGGACAAAGGAGCUAAGAGGCGUCGGAGGCAACCAGCACCAGUAGUCCCAACAACGACAUCGAGGAAGAGGAAAGUGAUCCGGCUGCUGAGCCCGAUCAUAAAGAAGCUUGGGUUGUUGGAGUCGGAUCGGUGUUGUAUAUUUUUGGUCUACUGGGCAUUUCCCAUUAGUAGUUUGGUCGAGGCGAGAUGGAAUUUUGCUCACACAGAAGCCAUGGGAAUCGCGUACUAUUUGGACCCUGCCCAGGAUCCCCGUAGAUUUGUGAACAAUGACCAGGGGCAGUCAAAAGAUCAGAUCGAGAUGGUGGCGAGGCGCCUGGGGUUUGCUUGGGAUUCGACCAGCCGUCAUACGAGACCCCGAGGUACGGCUGAUCUCGCAUCUCCAAGAAUCUGUCGUCCAUCAUUCCAUCAUGAGCCACGUCGAGCAGGUGGCAUCCCAUGUCCUUCGGUGAAGAAACACGCAAAUGCGGGCAGAGGGUCUUGA